AUGGCUGGGUCCCGUCCGCUCAUCAGCGCCAUUGUGAUCGGCGCCGGGUUCGCUGGGCUAUCGGCUUCUAUAGAAUUGGCGAAAAGAGGUGUCAAGGUGAUCGUUUUCGAGUCUGCACCAGACAUGAAAAGACAAGGGGACGUGAUUCAGAUAGGAGCAAACGCAACGCGUCUGAUGGAGUCAUGGGGCAAUGUACUGGAGGACGUCAAGAACACCUCAACCACACCGGAGACUCUGGACAUUAUGAAUAAAGGUGGAAAAGUACUUCUGAAGCAGAACCUUCAUAAGGAAUACGAUGGAUACCCAAAUGCUUAUGGCAAGCGCGCCCUUAUCCAGGCUAAACUCUAUGAAUACGCCAUGUCCCUUGGCGUCGAAGUCCGUCUAGGCUCCCCUGCGGUCGAUGUCUUUGAGACAGGAGAUUUUGCGGGAUGCUCCGUUGCCGGCCAGACUUUUCAAGCCGACCUUCUCAUCGCAGCGGACGGCGUUCACAGCAAGACGAGGAAACACGUCACUGGCUUUGGGGAUCGGCCCAAGAAGAGCGGCUUUGCCGUCUAUCGGUCGUGGUUUCCGUUAGACGACACAGGCAACAUCGAAGAAGACUGGAAUCUCCCUGGAGAUAUUGAUGAGAUGCUAACCUGCGUUAAAGGGUGGGACCCCCUACUCUCUAAGAUCGUACGGCGGAUUCCCCCGGAGGUAGUAGUAGACUACAAAUUGCUAUGGCGCGAUCCGGUGUCUCAAUGGGUCUCUGAUGGUGGCAGAGUUUGCCUUAUCGGCGACUCUGCGCAUCCUCACUUACCAACGGCCGGUACCGGAGCCGCGCAGGCGAUCGAAGAUGCUGCCACUAUCGGUGUCCUUGUGGACAAGGUGAAGCUGGGCAUGGUUGACAUUCCUACUGCUUUGAGAGCCUAUCACAAACUGAGGUUCGUAACGAUAUAA